UUGAAGUCUCGAGACCGACCAAAAUCGGAGCAGAAUGUUUCAGUUGCAAAAGUGUGCUCGUGCCAAUUAGACGCGGACACGUGUGCGCGCGUACACCUUGGGUCCAUCAUCGUAACGAUUGCAUUUGGUCGCAGCUCUACCAACACACACACACACCCACAUUCACCCUAACACUACGGUGCGAUCGAUUUGUUGAGUCGUUCAGGUGAAUUCUGCACCGUUCGCGGUACGAUGCGUAACAACACACCAGCCGACCGACGGGGCGACCCAGAGGUGGCCAUUGCCUAGCUUCCAGGUCGCUCGGCUCGGUGGUCCAGUGACGCGUAUCUUGCUCCCGUUCUCGCAGGAUAGCUUUCGCUCUCCCUCUCUCGCUCUCUCUCUCUGUCGCGCGCGCACGCAACAACCCAACUCUGCAGACUGCAGAUAAACCAGCAGACGGUUGGACGCCUUUCGUGCAGAGGGUUUUGCGAAAGGCACCCCACACUAAAAACAGAAAAAAAGAAUACCAGCUAAAGAAGUGCAACAAGAAGCAGUAGCAACAACAAACGGUGAACAAAAACCACCCUUCCAGCGCAGCACAAGUUGAUCCGGUAACCUCGCCUGCCCGAAGGAAAGCUCGCACCAGCGCGUACCACUGCGGUGUUUCCUCUUUAUUAUUUUUUGUUUUUUGUUUCCUUCUGUGAAAAUUUUGGAAGCUUGUCUCCAGUGAGUUUUACCGCAGUGUGCCAGUAUGGUGGCAAAGUGAAAGUAGCGGCGUGCGUGUGUCUGUUCGUCUCUGCGAUGUUUGUGUGCGACGCGAGGCUUAUACGCCGACGGCUGCGAUUGAUGAUGCGGUAGUGACCAGUUUGCUUCGUGACCCUUAUUGUGUGACCCUUUUCGUGGCACGGUUCGUGAGGGUGAACGGAGGUGUCACAACAAUGGUUUGGGAUGUGUAACGCUGGUUUCCCUCUUUUUGGCAACUUGAUGCUACCGCUACCAUUCGUCGCCAAUAAAAGUGUGUGUGCUUUUGUUUGUGCGUAUAGGUAAAAGUGUUCAACCGUUGUUCGAUUGUCGGAAAAAGGAUUUCAUCCUUACAAUUGAUUCGCAGAGGAUUAGGUGAUUUUAGGUGUUUUUGCUUGGUGUGGUGUGUGUGUGUGUAGUGUGCAAUGUGAUGAGUGGAUCCAAUUAAACCGUGUGGUGCGACCGUUCGGUGCAGUUUGUGCAAUGUUUAUCCCGUCCGUAACGAGCAGCUUUACAUAGGAAUAAUACAGUGCAGUUUCAAGCAGCGUACAUGCUGGUUCUACAUUGAAGACAUUGCCUCGACCGGAACCGCCACCAAAUCAAUCCAUCUCCUUUAUCCUCCCCCCUGGUCGGGUGCUGCCGAAAGGGAAGAAGAGGAAACAUCCGUGCCAGCUCUAUCCUGGAUGCAUGUCGGCCGGAACGCUAUCGAUCGGCGGUGUGCGGUAUGGAUAGCGAAGCAGAAACCUCCAAUAUACUUCAGUGACUGCACGGCGAGCGAGUGAUGAAUCUUUAAAUUAAGCUGCUUUGUUUCGUCGGCGCAUGUGUUCGAAUUGUAGCGAAGUUUGCGAAGCGAUUGAAUGGCAAAAUAUUCAUCCACUAAGGUUUGUUUGGCUGUGUGUUUGUCCGUGUGUGAAUGUGUGAUAGUGUUUGUAAGUGAAAAGUAAGCAAAUCGGGAGGAAAAAAUACACCUAGAUGUGAAAGUGAAACACAAAAGUGCAACCAAAUCUGUAAAGUGCGUUUAAAGCAUUUUGGAGGAUGCUUCCCAGCUGCUUCUGCCGGAUGUGCCGGAUCCGCUAGUACAGUGCAGGGCGCACCUCGUACCCGGUAAUAUAAGUGCAAACCACUCGUGCAACGCCGCGUUUAAUGCAAAACGGUUUCACUUCAUUCGUAACUACCACUUCCUCGCCUUACGGAUAGUGUUGGAAUUUUCGACCAAAGCAAGGAAAAAAAGAAGCUACCUGCAACGUUUCCGACCACUUGCUGUUAUUUCGUCGGCUCUCCUGGCCAGUCGACACCAAUUCAUCGCACAACAUUGACUCACCGGGUGCGAAGCGCGUAACAGCGUAGAACAGAAUGAAUAACAAGCUGCAUCUACUGGCCGUACCCUUGCUUAGCCUGCUCGUGGGCUAUGUAGCUAGCCUAGAAGAGGACUGUGUCGACUUCCAGGGAAACUCGGUCGCACACGGUCUACUCUACGUACCUGGACCGGGCGUGUGCAGUUUGUGCGUCUGCUACCACUCUGAGCCGCUAUGGUGCAAAGCAAUCUACUGUGAUCCUCCUUAUUUCUGUAAAAAGUUUCGCGUAGGUGAACGAUGCUGUGAAUUUGAGUGUCUCGAUCCACCCGGAGAGGACGAAAUGUAUCAGGCUCGGCUCCGGAAGCGUGCGGAGAUACUGGCCGGCAAUGGAGCCAGCACACCGUCACGGUCCGGCGAUUGGUUCUGGUCGCCGACGAGCCGUGCCACCGUAGCCGGACUGCUGCUGCUGGUAGCGUUAGUGCAGAGCGUUACGCAAAGGUUACUGCUGCUGCCGUCAUAGCUCUGCUGAGGGUACAACUACAACAGCAGCACACCGAACCGCCCAACACUGCGCUGCCCAUCGUAACACCUUUUGUUGCGUUCGAGGCGAAUCGAGCCGAUCACGCCGAUCACGGCCGACCCCCCUGGACACGCGACACUCGGGUACGGCUGUGGACUGGCGAAGAUGCGACUGCAGACUUGGAGCCGGGAUCAUAGGCGUCAUAGAAUAUUUAAAAUCGAAAGCAAGCCAAGUUCUAAACUGAUGCGCGAAGGUAAGGGCUUCAGCCUGGGCCAACCGUAUCACACACACACACACAUACACACUGUGGUAAGUGGAACAGCAAACGCAACACGCGAAACACAAUGAAGCCGAGGUGCGAGAAAUCUUUAAACUAUGCAAUGCAGUUUUUUAAUAAGAAAUAAUAAAAAAAACAACAACAAAGCCAGUAUGAAACGUGAUUGCUAGCAGACCUGCUAGUCAUAAGGUCCUAGCGUGACAAUUAGCUAUUCUAACGAAUCAACACACACUCAUACAACACAACAAAUCUAGCUGUAAGAGAGUUUUGCUUUUAACGCGCGUUGAAGGGUGGGAAUACAAUCAUGAGCGUUAUCGUUAGUGGAUGGACGGACGGACACUACUGAUAAAUAACACUACAACACAAACCUAAACUACGUUGGCGCUUACCAACAACAGCAAUAACAAAGCAGCAAUCGAUAGCAUCCUCACCAUCCAUCCUAUUCCUUCUACGAUCAAAUCCUCAAAUUUUGAAAUUACUCUGCUCGUAAAUACCGACCCACAAGUUCUAAAGGGAAAAAAAUAAAUCUUAUGGAUGUAGCACCAGACAGUGGUAGCAAGGGCGGAGAGUGCAUCAAUUUCAACGAGACGUCCACUAGCAGCAGUACAAUUAAACCACGGCACGCAGAACAAUUUCGUGCUGACAGCCCCAGAAGCAUAGCUAGGCGAGUCUUUCUUAGAAGCGGAGUUAGAAUGUAGCAACACAAACACUUCUCAAAAACACAUGAGGUAAACAAAUCUCUUUGCGUCCCGAGCGCUUUAGUACUACGGCAGUAGUAGCACCGUUAGCGUGGUUGUAGCGAGCCGAUGUGCGCGGCUUAGCAAGCCGCCGUGCGUACCAGUUUGCGUACCGUCCGCGUUUGAUUAAAUCUUCUCUUUUUUUGUAACAUCUAAAACGGUUUCUGGUACUUAGUGUUUGAAUACUUCCAAUUUUCCAAUGGAGGAGAACGAACGUAGCAGUGUUGUAGCAUUAUAACGAACAAAAGUAACACCUUUCCAACAUUUCCAAUAGUGCUUAUUUCGACCCUGGUUCAGGGAGCGGUUAGCGAUAUUCUGCAGCGUUGGAGCGACUUUUGUAGCUGGAGGAAAAGCUGCUUUAAGUUCGGUAGUGUACAUCAGUAUCUGUUUAUUUCAUGGGAACCAUAUUAUGCUGAUUAUCUUAUGUUUUUUUCACACAAUCGAUUUUUGUUACAAAACAACCAACUAGCAGUAUACCUAACAACUCCGCAUGUCAUAAGAAAUGAGAUAAAAUUUGACAACUUCAUUACACCCUUACUCAAACCGGGAACAAAACCAUCCAAACCUGUAGAAACAAACAAACAAACAAGCCGUAGGUGUUGAACAUCCUCCACCAAGGGGCCGGGAUAUCUUAAUUAUCUCUUGCACGGAAAAUAACCCGCCUCUCUCAUUUUCCAUUACGUGUUAUGUGCGCCAAUCGGAGCCAUUCGCCAAUCUCCUUAACCUUGUUGGCUGCAGUUACAUUCUAUCGACUGCCAACGUACAGAAAAGUUGGCAGAAAUGAGUUGCCUUGAGUUCGGCUUCCGUAAUCGCAUUCCGUCCCAACCUUGGGAGCCACCCAAGCCGACGCGAGGGAGCGGACAUUAUACCACCCGGUAUUCGGCCCCGAGAACCCCGCAGUGUCCAAAACAAGUCGACCGAAGCAUUUGCUACUGCUGCUGCUACUGCUGCUGCCAAUCGUGGCCAAAAUUUGUUUCGCUUUUCAACACAAAAACUCCCGGUAACUACGACUUUCGUUCGAAAUGGUUGCCUAGUGUCCUAGGUCCUUCUCUUUCCCCGGAGUCAGUGAAGCUGAAGUCUAACUAGCCCGGGACUGGAGAAGGGACAGCAAACAGGGGAACGAUGACGAUAUAAUUUUUCGACCGUUGGUUACGAAAGUUGCUCCAAACGAACCAAAUCCCUGCGCACAGCUCGGUCCGGCAGUAUGUGCCACCGCCACAGCGAAAGUGGUAGCGGCCCCACCAUCGUAGGGGGCAGAUUGAAAAAUGGUCCGAUUUUGGAAGCAAAAAAUUGUUUUCUGUUCGUCCUGUGGCCCUUGGCGGAAACCGUUUUGCAUGAUGCUGCUGUCGAAAUCAGGGUAGCAUCGGGGAAGGCGAAGGCAUCGUUCGCCCAGGUGGAAAAAAUGUCCACAACAAACAAAUCCAAUUUUCCCUGUGUGUACUUUUCCGUUUUCGGGUAUGGCCCCGAGGGGGCCGGAGGGUGGGGAGAGGGGGAGCGGCAACAUCUUCCGCCCCGCACGAGCCAUGGAUCGCGUGUCUAGACCUUCGCGGCAGCUAAACUUUGGAAGGAUGUGUUUGCUUGUUUUCCAUUGAACUGAGUAGAGACGCUCUUACAAAUCAUAAAAUUUGUUACUAGUUUCCACACCCCCUUCCCUACCCCCCCCCCUUUCCCCUUCUUCUCUGCCCUAAAUAAACCAUAUUUCUUUGUAAUUAAUUUCCAUACUGAUUGGAAGUUUGUGUGUGCAAUACCUCUCCAUGGGCAGCCUGUACGAACCCGACCAAAUCAAUGCAUUUGCGAUGGCAACUACAACAAAAAACAGUGUCACCAUAGCCGCGGUACGCCAGGCCACCGCUGGCUGAAGGUCAUGAAGUCAACGGCUCUUCUGACUGCCGCACCCCCGGGGCGCUGUUCCACCACCACCACCACCGAAACCACCGAUUGGGUUUCAUUUUUGCCGAAGCUUUCAUUCGCUUAUCCAUCACUGUUCCAUCUCCGAACCUGGGUCCAUCAUGACGCAAGUCAUUUUCUAGGAAUUUCCGUCCCGCCCUGAUAUGGUGGCAUAUUUUACGGGACAUGAAUACUAAAAGAUGUUGAGAUAGCCCCGUGAAGGUAACGUGCGUAUUGUCGGAAGGCUGUUGUACACUUGCCAACCCAGGAGUGGCAAACAUGGUAUCGUUGUGUGAAUCUUUUCUAUAAAAGUUGAACAAAUUGCCUGCAAACGUUUCUAACAUCAGCAAUAACGUACUAUUAUUUGUUCGGCUAAAUUUGUUGCCAACACCGGCUCGAGAUAAUGUAAACAGUACAAUCGCAAGUACAUGCCAAGCUUACUGUCGCUUUUAUGGAAAAUAAAUCGCAAACAUCUUUCUCCGUACCAAACAAGAGUAAAACAACGCAAACAAAAAGUUGAUUAGAUCGCUUCCGUUUGCUUUCCCUAAAAACGCCUAUGAAGCACACACACACGCGCAUGCAGUACAACAACCACGUGUGAGGGAAAAAUCGAUCGGCGUAGGACAUUUUUCCGGCAAUCCUUUCCGGCUCUUCUGUUCCUUUGUGUGUUCUAUGUUUGGGGAAACGGGGUUUUGCUGUCUUGCUCCACGCCACCAGGUUACAUCAGGCAAUUCAGCUGCUGCUGCUGGUGGGAUUAAAUUGUGAAAUAUCCAGAGCUUAGUGUCCCCAGACGACCCCUCCAAAUAUACAGUCCCCGUUUUGUGUCGGACAGGUCGUUCCAUCCGCCCCAUUGACUACCUGUCAAUUGGUGAAUGAAUUGUUCAAAAUCAACCCUUCCGUUUCCGUUGCGGACCUCACGGUCGGUCGGUCGGUCGAUCGUUUCGGCUCUCUGCAUUUGCUGCUGCCCUCCCGAACAGAGCGCAUUUGUGCGGUAUUAGCUUCCUUAACACAUCAAUUUAAAGCACAGUGAACACAGUGGGGAGAAGCAACCCCCCCCCCCCCCCCGUUUCCCGCCGGUCCCGCAGGUUAACCCGCAUUUGCGAGCGAGUGAAAGCGCCGGCAAAGCGAGGAUCUUUGUUCCCAAAUCUGUCUACUGUCCCUUUUUUUGAGACGCUUCCUUCCAGUUUCCCUCCCAACCGAUGGGCAAAACCGUUUGCUUCGAUUCACAACAACAUCCCCGGAUCGAUUUGUAAUGCCCGGUUGGUACACCCUCAUCACCUCGGCAGCCCUGCUCGGUUGUAAGAUGCCGUAGAUAAUAUUUCAAAUUGCUCCCCAGGGGGCUAUGAACAAUGCAGCAUAACGAUACCCGCUUUCUUUUGUUUUCCUUUUGCGCUGGGCUAAAAUUAGGUUCAUAAAUUUCAACUCCACCAAGACCAACCCACCAAAAUGCACGCGAAAGCUCUCGCCAGUCGCGCUACCAAUUUGUCGGACGUACUGUGCGCAAACUGUAGCGCACCGAGCUGUAUUGUGCGGUGCUGCGCCCCGGGUUUCAACAUCAAACGCGGGCACUUGUUUUGUGGUGAAUAUCAAACGAAACCGAAGCGAAAUUGGAAUUGAAGCGAACAACUUACCACCGUGGUUGUACGUUUUGUUUCCUUUUCCUAUAGCAAGUACGGUGACAUUUUCGACCGAGUGCUCACUUUCCUUCCUCCAUUUAAUGAGAGAGUUGCGGGAGCGGCUACAACGUCGCAGCCUGCUUCGAUUCGUGCGCAUUGUAGCCGGCCUCGUAUCGCUGAACAAAAAGCGGUAGACGGGAGAUAGGGGCGUGUGCUUUGGCUUUGAUCCUUGCCGCCGGUUGAAGCAGUUCAAAGAAUCGUACAGCGGGCACGUGCACGUCUUUUGUGUGAGUAAGCACUCGUCUGCCCGCUUUUGGCUGAGCGCUGAACGCAUCGUCAAAUAUUAAGCACAUAAUUAAAACAAUAACAAAGAUUUAGGACCUCCCACGGUGACAUUUCGUGACACACGGUACGGCAAAAUGUGGCUUUUGCAUGGGCGCUUGAAGCGCUUGGAGAGUGAAAUGUUUGGUACAACGGGUACAAUCGCAUUGUUGGGAUCGGUAUGUGAAAGCUCUAACAGCAGGAUUUAAAUACAUUCCCCUGGCAACAGAAGGUUGGAUUGUUCUUAUUAAAGCCCGGGUUGCAGAUCGAAUGAAAAUGAAUUUUUUUUUUGUUGUUUUUGCUAUAUUCCAUUAAACAUCGAUCAAAAUAUGGCCCCAAAAGAAAGCGAAUUAGAUUUUCCAAUAAUUUUGACUAUAAAACGUGUCAAAAUAAUGAAUAAAAAGCAUUUACGUGGGAUUCAUCGCUGAAAUAUGUGUUCUUACCGUGAGCAAAGCGGGGAAUCCCAAGGAAAUGCUUUUAAUUCAUUAUUGUAACAUGUCUAAAUGGUCUAAAUAGUUGGGGAAUUUAAUAAAAUAUAGUAGAAAAUCUCUUAAUUUCACUUUCAAUUUCACUGGAGCUGUAACCCGAGCUUAAAAUGCAAAACGCCUAAAGGUAUGCAACUUGACAGGUUGAUUGCCUGAAGCUGUUUUCAUAAGGACGUUAUUUUUCGAACAACAAUUAGAACAAUUCUUCAAACAAUUCACACUAGACUCUUACUUCUGCAAAGAAACAAUCAUUUAACAAAUGCUUUUAAAUUUCCAUCCCUCCUACACACUCAAUCCGGCGUCUUAAAACCUUCGACAUCUUUAUCAAAUAUUUACACUUGAUUGACUUGCAUAAACAAAAGCUCGUCGUUUGUGCUUUACCCUCCCGUGCUGUUGCUUUGCUCAGCCGUCCACUCAAAAAAGGGAUUCAUAAUUUUUGCGGAAAUCUCUCUUCACAAGCCUUCACCUGAACCGUACAAUUUGCCUGUUAAAAGCCCAUUCAAACUCAACCACCGACACUGACACUGAUCGCAUCAAAAGGAGAAAAAAAAGGCUAACACUUUGAAGAACUUUGCACACCGGAUGGACCCACCGGUUCCUUCUCAUAACGAUCCGCUUACGCAAAAGCGACCGUUUCUUUCCACCCAACCCAGCCGGCCAGUCCUCGAUACAGGAGGGUGGUGCCGCGCACAGCAACAGCAAAACCCAUAAAAGUCUUCAGGCUUCAGCCACUCGAACUGCCACGAACCACGGCCACUCAUCGUUCAUUGGUGAAAUUGUCGCCGUAUAAAGCAAAAAAAAAAGUGUCACAGAAGAGGUGCAAGGAGUUGAGCAAGAAAAUGGCUGAUCAAAAUACUCGAUGAACGGUGGAAAAAGCGGCACCAAACCAAAACAAACGGAGCAAAGCAACAGUAGCAAAACGAAAAAAAAAACACCGCCCCAUCACCAAACAAAGAGGUAAGGCUACCGUCGAUAAUUUCAUUGUUUGGCAGUGGAAAUAAUAGAUCGAUGAGACGGGAAAGAGUAGCAACAACAUCAGCAAAAAUGACACCCCCACACAAAAGGGGUGCUGCGUGGCUGAAUGGGUGCUGAGGAAUAAGCCCAUCCUUAUACAAAGCACAGGCACACAGACACACACAAAAACCGAUCCCCCAGUCGGCCGUGCUCGAGUGGAAAAUGGAGGGAUCAAUUUUUUUUUUUUUUUGCCUGCACUACGAAAAGUAACAGUAAUCCGAUGGGAAAUCGGCCAUGGAAAAAGAUUACUUCGAUGGGAUUGGUUCGGUGCGGUGGGGUCGGGCACUGGACGACACAUUUUUGUCAUCGAUUUAAUGUAUCCCACAAUGGGCCGGUGGGUGUUGGGACCGGACCGGACACGGGGCAGUUCCCGGGAACAGGGGUGUGUGCAUGUGUGAGGCCGGAUAUUAUCUCCCGCUCGCCAAUACCUUUCGCUCUCUCGUUCUGUAAGGAGGGAAAUGGGGGAGGGAGGGAGUGUGAAGCAUGGUUGAUACGAAGCGAUGAAAAGCUUCCUACGACAUACCGUACACUUUAUGGGUCGUAAUUGAAUUUCGUGUAGUUCAAUGGCACCGGGCACGAGCCGGGCCGUAGCAAAGUUUAUGUGUGCCAGGGGACAUUUUGUCGAAUGGUUUUAUCUUUUUCUUUUUUAAACCGACGAGCUUUACAAGCAUGCAAAAAAUUAAACAUCAUCAAACACAUCACGUUAGGUUGUGUGCUACCAUUUGACCCUAAUUGAUGAGGGCAGAUGUUUUGCUUGUAUCGUUAUAACUUACAGAAUGACCGCAAUUUCGCCUUACUACUCGGAACAGCAUCGGUGGGGCCUGUUUGGUCGUGGAAGCGGUGCGAUUACCGUUCGAACGACAUGGCACUAAACAGUUUCUUUUUAAAGUAUUUUUUACCUUUCUUGCCAUUCCUCAAAACUCGGUAAUAUGAAUUCAAUUCUUAAUGAAUUCGUCUUAGGUUACGUAUUAUAAUGAUUUGGUCUGCAUGAACACUUACAGCCAAUUUCGGGCACUUACAUGUUUUUUUUUUUAAUUUGAAGCUAAAACGCUAGCUGUUUUUUUUAACAAAAUUGGCCUUCAAAAAUGUUUUCCCUACAAAAUGUUUCACUGUGAAUGGUUCAUAAUGAGUUGAAAUUAAUUUAGAAUAUUUUGUAUUUUAUACUCAUUAUAAACAAAGUGCCCGAAAUUUAAAAUACACAUUUUUGAGUGUUCUUCUAUGAUUCGAACAAUUUUAGGAAUUUUAAGUUUUCCUUUUCAUACAUGCUCAGAGAAAAAGUAGGAGAAAUUGGGGAUUGAACUUUCUGUCACAGUCUAGGCACCUUGGAACGUCCAAAUGUCUUAGAUUUAGAUAUCCAGCACUUAAGAUGGUCAAUGUAGGACAAAGGCUGUUGCGGUUGCUUCAGUUGCAUCGUUCAAGGCAAUAUUAAACUUCAUAAAUCAAAAUUCAGCGCACUCAAAUCAAUCAAAUCUACAUGCAUGGUACAGCAAAUUUGCUAUGAAUAAUGUACCACUGCCGAGCAGACAUUUUUUAACACUUGGGACAUCUUUUUUAUAAGUCGAAAACGACUCCCCUUCAAUAGAAAACAGAACAAGCUAAGCUUGCCGCUGUUCUUGCAUGCCGUUUUAAGAGAUGCAAUACAAAUUGCAUACUUUAAGGCGGAUAACUUCUUCAGAACAAUAACUAUAGCUACCAACUUUGCACUUUGAUGUGGCCAAUCAGUAGAAAGGAUACCUUUCGCUUUAUCGCAAACAAUAAACUGCUGCAGAUGUGGGAUGAAAAAAAAACUCGGUAAAACAAAAUACCUUUCCCCCCACGUCAACGCUCCGAUGACUCUCCACAUCACAAAACAGCCGGCAAGACUAAUUUGCUGAGAGUGUCAUAAUCUUCUUUUCUCUUUUAAUUGUUCACCAUCACAAACCCCUGCGCUCUUCCCCCCACCCCCCUUUUAUCCAUAGCACGUUUGUGUGAAACCACGGUUGCAAAUAGUUUGCAAAACUAUACAAGUGUGCAGCAAAACCCCCUUCCCGCCCCAUGCUUUUGUAUUUUCUUUCUCACCGGUUACGGUGUAAGCCAACCAUUUUCUCCCGUUGUUGCUUUCGCGUUCGCACACCAGGGCACACCAGGGCACACGAGGGGGGGUAAAACUUACCCUUCCUGCGCGCAACUUGCAAACCUCUGCCAAAAGGAAAAUGGCCAAGGAAAAUGUACAGUGAAAGCAUCAGCACACUGACGGACUGAGAAAACGUAAAUACCAAACCAAACUUCCCCAUCCCCCACUUCUCAAUUACCGUUGCGUACCAAGCGUAAAAAAUUCUUUCAACCAUCUACUUUUUGCCCGCGUAUUUAUUUACCUGCCACGCUUCGGGAGCGCGCGUUUCAUGCUGCGCUUUAUGAUUGGUAGGGCAUACGUUACGUUCCAAGAAAACGAUUGAAACCUCCAGUCGGUGCUAGGGAAGCGAUACCGCAGUGCAAAGUGCGGUUUGUUUGCAAACCGAAAGUUAAAGAGAUUUUCGUAAUUCUAAUUUAAAAAAAAAAGCUCUCUGCUGGGAAACGUUACAUCGCGCGGACCAAAAAUUACUAAACCAUCGUUUUUAAAAAUCUCGUACAAGGGAAAUUAAUAUCUCUCACCAAACACCAUUCCUUGGCAGCUAAUUGAUGUGCGGGAAAGUGCCAGACCCGUCCCGUAAUUCGCUAAUUGUGCGCUUAAGCGCUGCUCGACAACACUUUCUACCAUCGGUUUGCAAACUCGGACCAAAAGGGGGGGGGGGACAAUUAAGAAGUGACUUUCGCCCGAAACUGGCAUCUUUUGCCCGAUUUCACUCGAACCCAUUAGGGGGUGGUAUCGCAACACACAAAACUCGGAUCGAUCGUGAGCGCUCGAUUCCACGAACUAGUCACCAGCUGUUUGGUGGUUAGAGUUUUUCGCGUGCUGGUACUAUUGACUGACGGCGGUGUGGCGUUGAUUGCUUAGAGAAAGAGAAAGUGAGAAAGAGAAAGAGAAAGAGAGGUAAAGAGAGAGAGGGAGAAGGAGAACUUUUGUCAAUCAAACGAUCCUAUGCAGGGGUUGAUUGUUUGCGCUUUAGAUAUCGCUUUGCGUGCAAUCCUUUACCUCUCAGCAAACAU